AUGUCUGCCGGCAUCCCAGUCCGUCUACUAAACGAAGCACAAGGGCAUGUGAUCUCUUUGGAGCUCACCACUGGCGAUACGUAUCGUGGAAAAUUAGUCGAGAACGAGGACAAUAUGAAUCUAUCGUUGAGUGAUGUCACACGAACAAUAGGAAGAACUGGCCAAACAUCGCACAUGAACCAUGUAUUUGUACGUGGAUCGAUGAUACGAUUUGUGAGCGUGCCUGAUAUAUUACGUAAUGCUCCUAUGUUCUUUAUGAAACCUGGCGAGAAGCCACGGCCUCCAGUGAGAGGCCCACCUCCAAAGAGGCCUAGACACUAG